CGUUGUAGCUGACUGACUGACUGAAGGUAUCUCAGUUUGUCUUUAUAAGAUAGGCCAGAUAGACCUUUUACCAUCUUAGUACCUCGUCUUUGGACUCUUUCCGGCAUAUCUGCUUCGUACUUAAGACAAGGACUCGCUGCUCGAAUCCCAUACUCUAAAUGUGGUCGGGUAUAAUAAUUUAAACAUUUCGUCAUAUAAAUGCUGGAAAAACCUACGAAUAUACCGUAAUACCCUUUCGCAGCGGCAGCCUUGCAGUGACUAGUCGUUUUGAGAUCACUGCUUAAUAUGACUCCUAAAACUAUAGUUUCUUACUUUGGGUAGCACGAAUCCACAUAUUGUAUGGUGAUACUAUUGAUUAUAGUUAUUUAACUGCAUCACCACACUCUUAUUAGGAUUUGCCUCUAGUGACCACCUGUCCAACCAUGCCACCAAUGAGCUAAGAUUAUCCUGUAAUACUAUUCUAUCCGACAUACUGUGUAUGGUUCUUCAAAUUUUUGUCAUCAGUGAAGAGUAGAACAGAUGAUUUUGCUACGGCUGUUAAUUCAUUUGCAUAAAGUAUAAAGAGAAGAGGACUGAGGAUUGUACCUUGGGGAACUCCACUUUUUAUAGGUACCCACUAGGAGAGAGCUCCAUUAGCCCUUACCCUUUGUCUCCUGUCAUGGAGAAAGUUACUUAUCCAAUCUACGACUGUAUAACGGAUUCCAAAACGUUCCAGUCUGGAUUUAAGACCAGAAUGGGAGACCUUAUCGAAGGCAUUACUUAGAUCUAUGAAUAUCACAUCUACAGGAAUAUUCCGAUCUUUUGUCUCAGCCCAAUCUUCUCUUGCAAUGAGGUUUGUCAAGCAUGAUAGGCCUCUCCGAAAACCAUGUUGUUCCCUGGAGAAAAGAUUAUGCCCUUCAACAUAGUUUAUAACAGAUAUCUGAAUGAUUUUUUCCAUCAGCUUUACAACCGCACUAGUUAAGCUAACGGGUCUAUAGUUACUAACUAAAUCCCUACUCUCAGCCUUAUGCACCGGACUUAUUAUCGCAUCUUCCCAGUCUCUGGACAGUCUGGACUGCCUCAGGGACAUGUCAAACAGUAUCGCUAAUGGUUCAGCAAUCACAUCUGAUAUGGCUUUCAUAAUCCUAGGAUGAAUAUCAUCAGGACCACUGGACUUAUCAGGUUUGAGAUGCUGAAUUAGCCUUAAGACAGUACCUUUCUCAAUCACCACAGGGUUCAUCAGCGAGCUACCACCAUCACAAUGAAUCGUUGGUCGUUCUUCAUUACUGAUAAAAAACACUACUGAAAUAUUCUGAUAAAGCUUCAGCUUUUUCGGUAUCAUUUCUUGCCAAGAUUAACGGAUAUUCUUGUAUCAAAAGUGAUGGGAUUCCAUCGCUUCUCUGAGUCCGCCUUUUUAUAUACGAGAAUAACCGUUUCGGGCUAUAUCUAGAAUUCCUAACCAAUUGUUUUUCGUAUGAUCUUCUAUUCUUACUUAUUAACGCUUUACAGACAUUCUUAAUCUUACAAUAACUGGAUCUGUAUUGUUCUUAGCUAGUAGAAAUGAACAUGGUGGACUGUUAUUCGGUCUUCGCGGUACCAGGUAUGUUGUGAGCGAGGACGUAACUAAACUAAACUAACCUUUAAAUACAGACCACGCUUCUUCAACUGAUAAGCUAGUGUCUACCUGAGAUAAUUCUCACUGAUCGAUCAAAAAUAUCCCUUCACUGUUCGAUUUCUACGUAUCUACACUUCAUAUAAACUGCUUAGUGUGCAUCUAAUUCCCUAUAACACUUAAGUCAUCAACGCAACUUGUUUUGUUUCAUAUCCUAAAUCCAACGGGCCAAACCAUACAGUACAUCGAUCCACCUUAAUGUUUCAUGGAAUUGUUAUGCCUAAAAUUAGGGUAUUUUUGAUGAUGAUUUCAACCCCUAUUCCGUCUAUUUAUUUGGGGAACAGAAACACACGCUGCAAACAAUCUUCCGCCCUGGGAUGUAACUAUCGCAACGUAGUAAAUCUAAUCACAAACCUAGAGUUGCUUCUGUUCUAUCUCAUUUUAGGAAACGAGAUAUUUCUCACAUAAAAAAUUGGAUAAGCAGACAGUUAGUUUCUCUUCAGUAAAUAACGAGUCAUGCUUAUUUUUCUAUUGUAAAAGGUCAACUGAUAUAACAAUAUGAAAGCACUUAUUUUAGUUGGGGGUUAUGGCACUCGACUCCGGCCUUUAACACUAACUUAUCCCAAACCGAUAGUGGAAUUCUGCAACAAACCCCUUUUACUACAUCAAAUUGAAGCCCUUGCCAAAGUUGGAGUAUCAGAGGUGAUCUUAGCUGUUAGCAAAUGUGCUGAUCGAAGUGAUAUCUUAGAAAACGAGUUAAAAAAGCAUGAGAAGAAAAUUGGAACUAAAAUUACAUUCUCCUAUGAAACUGAAGCAAUGGGAACUGCUGGUCCAAUCGCCUUAGCUAAAGAUAUGCUCCUCGUGGACGAUAGUCCAUUUUUUGUGCUCAACAGUGAUAUCAUGUGUGAUUUCCCGUUCAAGGCAAUCAUAGCAUUUCAUAAAAAUCAUGGAAAAUCGGGAACUAUUUUGGUAACACAAGUUGAAGAACCUUCAAAAUAUGGCGUUGUUGUUUACGAUCAAACAACUGGACGUGUGGAUCGUUUUGUUGAAAAACCAAUUGAAUUUGUUGGUAAUAAGAUAAAUGCCGGUAUAUACUUACUUAAUCCUAGUGUUAUUGACAAGAUCCCCCUACGCCCAACUUCCAUUGAGAAAGAGAUAUUUCCAGAGAUGGCAAACGAGAAACAACUUUAUUGCAUGACAUUACCAGGGUUCUGGAUGGAUGUUGGACAACCGAAUGAUUUUCUCAAAGGUACAAGUUUGUAUCUAAAUUACUUGAAACAAUCAGAUCAUUCGAAAGAACUAGCAACUGGAUCUAAUAUUCAUGGGAAUGUUUUAAUCCAUCCAACUGCUUCAGUUUCACCUACUUGUGUUCUUGGACCCAGUGUUGUUAUUGGGCCAGAAUGUAUAGUUGAAGAUGGAGUAAGAAUUCGUAAUUCCACCUUACUUCAAGGGAGUAUUAUUCGUUCUCAUUCUUGGCUAGAAACUUGUAUUAUUGGUUGGCGAUGUACUGUUGGGCAGUGGGUAAGAAUGGAAAAUGUCACCGUCUUAGGUGAAGAUGUCAUUGUAUCUGAUGAAUUAUUUGUAAAUGGUGCACGUGUAUUACCACACAAAAGCAUUGCCCAAUCAGUCGUUGAACCACAAAUUAUUAUAGCACUUGAGGAGAAUUUAAAAUCUGAUUUACCCGUUCGACCAGAUGAAGCACAGAAAUUCGCUACGUUUGCCUGCCAGUGGUUGAGAUAUUUCAUUAAUCCUGUUGAUGGGAUCAGAAAACCUAAAUAUUUUGAAGCGAAAGCUGGUCAGUUAAUUACAUUGGCUAUUAUACGGUAUUAUCCAAAUCAUUGGUCUUCCCUUUUUGACGAUCUUUUGGGAAUACUAGUUGAAGCAACAGAUGGACAAGUCAGUGAAAGAAAUAAGUCUGAUGUAGUGGCUGUCGAUCUGUUCCUUGAUAUUCUUAUUGAUUUAGACAGCUAUAUCAUAUCAAGAAAUGUACAGUUAACCACCGAGGAACUCAGACGAAGUAAUGAACUCAAAGAUGCAAUGCGUGAAUCAUGUAUUGGCUCACUGAUUCAUACGUGUUAUCAAUUGAUAUAUCGAUUUCUUAAUUCAUGUCAAUCGAAUGCAUGUUUGAUUCGCAAAAUUCUUCAUACCAUUGGUUUAUAUGCAUCAUGGGUUGAUUUAACACUUGUGGCCAAUACAGAAUGGAUUACAUUAUUAAGCCGAUUAUUACAAUUAUCAAUUGAUAAUAAUUCAGCAAAUGCAAUCAUUCGUUGCGGGAUUUAUUUAUAUUUAAUAGGUUUUGUAAAUAAAGGUAUGCAAGUAAUUGACAAAUUAAGGUUGUUAACUGGUAUUGGGAACAGUUAG